AUGUUUCGUGUGGUACCUUUUUUUUUCAGUGUGGUCGCUGCAGGACAAGGUGAAGGGAAUGCUCUGACACAAUUGUAUUAUUCUGAAGGAAUCUUCGUUGAUACGUUGGGUACACUCUAUGUAGCAGAGUCGUGGAAUGAUCGUGUAAUACGUUGGACUCAAGGAGACAAGAAACAAGGCGCUGUAAUUGUGGGUGGAAACGGUUCAGGAGCAGGAGCAAAUCAGUUCAGCAACCCCGUUGGUUUGUCUUUCGAUCGACAUGGUAAUAUUUAUGUCGUCGAUGCAGGUAAUCAUCGUGUUCAACGAUUUUCUAUCGAAUAA